CACCGGGCGAUCCAGUCAGAACCUUUAAAAAAAUGAAAACGAGCGAAAAGUCGCUCAUCUUCGGCAUGUCCAGCUGCCUUACUCCCAAAGCUUUCUAGGGUUAGGGUUUCUCUCUCUCUCUCUCUCUCUCUCUCUCUCUCUCGGAAAGGAAGUGAUUGUCUCCUGAGGUUGCUUUAUCAGCAUGGGCGAGACAGGCAAGCGAUCCCGGAGGGAUAAUGAUGGUGAUGACAAAUACCAAAAGAAAAGAUUCAACGGAAAAGACAAUUCGGGUGAUGGGGAGGUGGUUAUCUAUCGCAUACUUUGCCCGAAUGGGGUUAUCGGAAACGUGAUUGGUAAGAGCGGUAAGGUGAUAAAUUCUCUUAGGCAAGAGACCCGCUCGAAGAUUAAGGUUGUUGAUCCUUUUCCUGGGUCGGAUGAGAGGGUUAUAUUGAUAUAUUGUUAUGUCAAGGAGAAGGAUGAGAAGGAUGUCGAUGAGGAUGAUAUGAAGCCUCUUUGUGCUGCUCAGGAUGCUCUUCUCAAAGUACAUGCUGCUAUAGCUAAUGCGGUCGCUGCUGUUGGGGAGUCUGACAAGAAACAUAAAGAGGAGGCCCAUAUUCUCGUCCCAAGUAGCCAAGUGGCGAAUGUGAUUGGGAAAUCAGGUAGCACUAUCAAGAAACUGAGAACCAAUACGAAGACGAAUAUCAAGGUUAACCCGAAGGAUCCCAAUGACCCUACUCACGCAUGCGCAAUGAGCUUUGACAAUUUCGUUCAGAUAAGUGGUGAGGCUGGAGCAGUGAAGCAGGCAUUGUAUGCAGUAUCUGCAAUCAUGUACAAGUUCUCCCCAAGAGAAGAGAUUCCUCUUGACACUACUGUACCAGAUCUUCCACCAAGCAUAAUCAUUCCGGCAGAUCUCCCUAUUUAUCCUACUGGUGGCUUUUAUCCUGGGGCAGAUUCUAUGGUCCCACCUCCUAGAUCUGUGCCACAAGUGGCACCGACAUCUCAUGUACCAGAACUCCAUGCAUAUGCUGAUGGUGGGAGUCCAUGGCCUAUGUAUUCAUCUUCCCUCCCUGUUGCUUCUGGGUAUGGUGGCUCAUCUCGAUCAGAAGAGCUAACAGUACGAGUUCUAUGCCCCUCUGACAAGAUUGGGCGCGUUAUUGGCAAGGGAGGGAAUUCCAUUAAAAGUGUGAGGCAAGCAAGCGGUGCUCGUGUUGAGGUUGGAGAUCCAAAAGGGGAUUGUGAUGAGUGUGUUAUCACUGUCACGUCCACAGAGUCUACGGAUGAUGUGAAGUCUACUGCUGUUGAAGCUGUUCUACUGCUGCAAGGAAAGAUCAAUGACAAUGAUGAUGAUGACACUGUCAACAUUCGCAUUCUUGUUCCAUCCAAGACUAUUGGCUGUCUCAUUGGCAAGAGCGGUGCUAUCAUAAAUGAGAUGCGCAAGAGUACAAAAGCUGAUGUUCGCAUCUCAAAACAUGAAAAGCCAAGAUGUGCUGAAGAGGGUGAUGAACUAGUGGAGGUGAUUGGAGAAGUUGGUUGUAUGAGAGAUGCACUUGUUCAGAUUGUUUUGAGGCUUAGAGAUUAUGUUUUAAAAGACAGGGAAGGUGCUCGCAGUGCUCCUGGUGCUGAUUCCCUGUACUCAGGCAAUCUCUCUGCGCCAUCAGUUCUGCCUAGCAUUCCUCCAGUUGCUCCCUUGGGUUACGAUCGGAGGGUUGACACUGGAAGUGGCUUGGGCAUGCUUUCUACCAGCAGCUUGUAUGGAUAUGGAUCUGGCUAUGGAUCUGGCUAUGGAUCUUCGCAGGGUGGGGAGAAUGGAUAUGGAUUGAUUUCCCCAUAUUCAUCAAAGUCAUAUUCAGGAUUGCCCUCCACCCUUGAGAUUGUAAUCCCUGCAAAUGCAGUGGGUAAAGUGAUGGGGAAAGGUGGAGCAAACUUGGCAAAUAUUCGGAAGAUCUCUGGAGCUAUUGUGGAGGUUCUUGACUCAAAAUCAUCCCGUUCGGAACGCAUUGCCCAGAUUUCAGGCACACCUGAGCAGAAGCGUGCAGCUGAGAACCUAAUUCAGGCCUUCAUCAUGUCCACCUAAGCUUUCUCGAUGUUUUUGUUCACCGGGAAGGUGAUCUCCUAGUUUUAAUUCAGCACUUCCAUUCUCAGAGAUUCUCUCCUUACAGUAGUUCCGUUAGGUCCUGCUUCUGGAGAGGAAGGGCAGUAUCCUAUAAAUCUUGCCAGCGUUCUCUUAUUCCUCCUUCCAGGGUCUAUUUGAGGUCAUGGGGGAAUUCAAAGUCGACAUAUUUUUGGGGGAGAUUAUUCUCUAUGUUUAUGGAUGUUCUUCUCCAGUUGUCUUAGAACUUAUAGGAUCUUUCUUUCCUUUGUUGGUGUUUUCUCUGGUGUGCUUAAUCUCUGUUUGGGCACCGGACCAGCGAUGCUCUCUAAUGUUCUUGUCGGAAAUAUACUCUUAUGACCAUGGUUACUUAAUCACAGCUCAUUACAUAUGCAUUAUUUUC